AAACGCCCAGAAAAAAAAAAAAAAAAACAGAAACAGAGAGAGAGCGAGAAAGAAAGAGAGGGAGGAGGGAGAGAUCUGCCAGAAACCAGAGAAAUCUCACAGAGCCCUCUCCUUCUCUCCGAUCAGAUCGGAGUCUCAAAAUAUUAGGGCUUUUUUUUCGUAUACCUUCUCAUAUCUCCUUCAAGAUUCCAUUUUUUUUUUUUUACGUUUUGAAUUCCAAAUUAUCCGACCGUUGAUCGAAUUCGAAUUGAGGAUUCAGCGUUGAGCAUUAUUCUCAAUUCCUUGAUCCAGAUGUUGCUGUAAUUUUUAGGUCCUUAGGGUUUUGCUUCGUUAGGGGUUUGUGUGAGGAGUUGUGGAGAUAUAUAUAUAUAUGUUGGAAAUUGUUUGAUUUUUUUUUUGGGGGGAUUGAAUGGCUUCGGCUCAGGUGUUGCCCAAUUCGACGCGGAAACAAGAACAUUUGGAAGCUGGAAAGCGCCGGCUGGAGGAGUUCCGUAAGAAAAAAGCAGCAGAAAGAGCUAAGAAGACGUCAUCUUCUAGCCAGGUCAAUGUCUCUGAAGUUAGCUCAAAUGAGAAACAACCUAUAGAAACUGUACGGGUUACAGUCUCAGAUGGAGCUGGUACAUCUGAUGGGCCUGUGGGUGGUUUCACUGAAGCUUCUUCUGUAAUAUCGAGCAACGGUGACAACGCCAUUGAUUUUUCCCACCAAAAGGAACAUGCUUCUUCAAAUAAUACACACAGUAGUUCUUCAACAAAUGAUUCUAAUGCAUUUUCUGUAGAUCAAGAAUAUAAGAGAUUUGGUGUCUCAGGUUUUUCUGGACCCUCAGAUGUUGGUUAUAGCUAUGAUAUAAAAGGGAUGAAUAAUGAUGUUGAAAAAGAUACUGGUACCUCAGAUGUUUUACCAUAUGGACCCACUUCUAACCAUCCUAUUGCUCUACGUCCACAAGCAAGUCAAGAAUUUGAAAGCAACACAAGCCAAUCCAGCUUUUAUGGGAUUCAGUCCUCAGAACAUAAACUUUCUUCGAGGGAUUCCGUAGGUGCAGGUUUGGGUACUUCUCAACAAUCUGUUGCAAAAAUCUCACCUCAGAACUCUGUCAGCACAUUUCCACAAAGUGAGGCCAGUAAUUUCAGCACAAUGGCUAGUGGCCCUGCUUCAUCAUCUUCGCUUUAUCAAGACUUGAUUCAACCUAGUACCAGUGCAAGAGAGUUUGCUCAAGAAGUUGGGAAAAGCAUGCGUGGUGGUACUGCAGACUUUGGUGAUCCUGUAACUUUCAGAUUUGGAGAAGGAAAACUAAGUAGCUCUGCAAGUGGUAUGCCUAGCUUGCAGCGUGCACAAGUGCAAACAACUGAAUCCAGUGGUUUUGGAUAUGAUGGUAGAAGUUCGUCCAAUCAUGUACAGCUAGAGUCAGUUACACCUGAUACUAGUUCUAGGAGAUCUCGUCCAUCAUUCCUUGAUUCUCUUAAUGUUCCUAAGGCUUCUUCCGGGAGUCCUUUUCAACAAGCUGAGCCUGAGGAGUCAUAUUUCUCCAACAGUUCUAAAUCAAAUGGCAUGAGCUUCCUGGGAUCACUGCCUUUCCAUAAGCCAUCUAUGGACGAUGGACCUGUUGCACCUCAUUCAUUUGAGCAUUCCAAUAAGUUUUCAUUUUCUCCUAGUGCUGGGGUGGACCAGCAGAGGCCAAUAGUUGAAAGUAGCGUGGACAGAAAACACGAGUUCUAUUCAUCUAAGCAAAAUGAUGAUUUUGCAGCUUUGGAACAGCACAUUGAAGAUUUGACACAAGAAAAGUUUUCUUUGCAACGAGCACUCGAGGCUUCACGUGCUUUAGCUGAGUCAUUGGCUUCUGAAAAUUCUUCUUUGACAGAGACUUAUAACCAACAGAGAAGCGUUGUUGACCAACUAAAAUCUGACUUGGAAACGUUACAAGCGGAGAUCAAGGCCCAGAUGGUGGAACUUGAGGCCGUCAGAAAUGAAUAUGCAAAUGCCCAUCUAGAAUGUAAUGCAGCCGAUGAACGUUCCAAGUUAUUGGCUUCUGAAGUUAUUAGUUUGGAGGAGAAGGCACUCAGACUAAGGUCAAGUGAGCUAAAGCUGGAGAGGCAAUUGGAGAACUCACAAGCCGAAAUCUCUUCAUACAAAAAAAGAUUGUCUAGCCUAGAAAAAGACCGUUCGGAUUUGCAGUCAACUAUCAGUGCUCUUCAGGAAGAGAAGAAGCUAUUGCAGUCUAUGCUAAGGAAAGCUUCCACUAAUGAAAGGAAAGCUGAUGUUAGCAAGAGUACUACUAACAAGAAAGAUGUGUUUACUUCUACAGAAGAUCUAGCAGAUGAGGAGGUUGGUCCCGACACCGUAGACCAGGAAAUGCGUGAUGUAUCCUGUUUCCCCAUGCUCCCUGAACAUGGACAGUCAAGUGUUGAUGUCUCAUCUGUAAAUAUACCUCCUGAUCAGAAGCGAACAAUUGAGAACAUCAAUACACUAGUUUCUGAGUUAGCAUUAGAGAAAGAAGAGUUGAUACAAUCUUUGGCAUCUGAGACAUCACAUUGCUCCAAGUUGAAGGAACUGAAUAAUGAUUUAUCCCGGAAACUUGAAGCUCAAACUCAGAGAUUAGAGCUUUUGACUGCCCAAAGUAUGGCUAAUGAGAGUGUUCCAAUGAGGCAACCUAUUUCGCAUGAUGUGCCUGACAGUACUCCAUAUGCAGAUGAAGGGGAUGAGGUGGUGGAAAGGGUCUUGGGAUGGAUUAUGAAACUUUUUCCUGGAGGGCCAUCCAGACGAAGAACUAGUAAGCUUCUGUGACAUGGAAGUCGGUAAAGCUCGUCAGUCCCUAUGAUAAGAUCUGGUUUUGUUUUCCUGCACUCCCUUGAUGUAUUGGAGGUCGUAAUUUGUAUAUUUUGAGUCCAUUUAUAGUCAAUUCUUUUUUUUUUUCUUCCAAAAAAAGUAGAAAUAUGUUCACGAAUUGAGAGGCCUUCCCAUUGAUUGAUAAAAUAUUAUAUAAUUAUCAUUUCUCUGAGACAUGACUAUAGAGUCCUCAUUGUUAUCGAUUUAGAACUUUUGUAGAUUUAGGGGGCAAUUGGAUACCCAAAGAGAGGAUUAGAAGCGAUAUACAGACGAGAGAUUGUAUUAUGUCUCUGUUUUUUUUUUUUUUUUCUUCUCUUUUCUUUCUCUUUUUCCUUGCAGCGAUAUACUGCCCAUAGUUGUUGUAUUUGUAAUAUACACUGAGGCUAGCUUAAGCCUCAAGAAAUGAAACAAAUGAUUUGGCUUUUCA